AUGCACAACUUCAACUGGCUCGACAAGGAAGGGACUAAAGGUGGCAAUGAGGGGGGUGGCUUUGUCAGAGCUGUCCGUGUCUGCUUGGCGAGCAAUUUACCAAAUAUCGUGCCCUCCAUCCGCAAGCUCGUGUGUGAGGAGUUGGAUAGUCUUCUUCCUCUCAAGAAGCUUCAGAAUGUUGCCGGAGCCAUCACAAUCGCCCUCCAAGAUCUCUGCCUCCAUCCGGAAUAUCUAGAGCCUCUCCGCCAGGACAUUGACAACCACUACCUCGACUUUAAGCACACUGCCCAAGGACUCUCACUGCUAGACAGCUUUAUAAAGGAAUCAGCUCGUCUGACCCCCACUGAAGCCUUAAGCACCCGCCGCUACGCCGUCGAAUCUCACACCUUCUCAGACGGCACCCAUCUCAACCGCGGCGACUGGGCUUGCACACCCCGAUCGCUAUCAACAAGAUCCUAG